UAUUAAUUAAACACUUAGAGUAAUCUAAUAUUUUCUAGAUUGCACUAGCAUCAAAAUGAAUUCGACAGACCGACGAUACGGCCUUUGGUUGUAUCUGUUUGUCUGCACGUUCAUUCCAACAGUAUUGACGUCCUUUGUAAAUUAUGCACCAGGAUACGAAUACCUUUACAAUCUGAACUCAACGAUAGAGCUAAAAGAAGUCCAGACGUUCCUUGCGAAGGGACAGGUUGGCUUCGUUAACAUAGCAGAAAAUGACAACUUCCAGGAAUUGCUAUUAGUCGUUCAUGGUUUAAUAUUCAGUCCUGAAGGCCAUCCUGAGGCUGAAAACCAACAUCACGACUUCUCAAAAUGGUUUUCAUUUGAGAUAAGCCAUCGAGGAGAAAUAAGGAAAGUCUACCAUCCACCUGAUGAAGAAAAUGAAGUUCUCAUGAUCAAAAAAGGAUUUGCCGGCAUGCUGUCCAGCAAACUCCAUCAUCGUCAUGAGGUGGAAGAUGGGGGAAAUGAACAUGGAAGCUGGGGAUACAAAACUGACGAAUUUGGAAGGGAAGGUCAGCACACCGCAUCUUACACAGUUCGCAAAACUUCAAAGGGGUAUGAGUAUAUUAAAACAAGAAAUUCUACAAAGAUUCAGUCAGUAAAUGGAAAUGGAACAUAUGCAAAGAUGCUACAUUUCAAUGAGGACUUGAACACUAUCCACAGUGUUAUGAUAGAAGAAGAAAUUAGUAUUGACUUUUCUACAAAGUCCGAAUUUGACCCUUUCCACGGGAUGAGACCAGUCCAUGCUGUAUCAGGCUUCUCUGAUAUGGGCUUUCCAAAGGUAACUGCCAGCUCAAAAGACAGACUAGUGUUUUUCAAGAAAAGAGAAUUUUCCGUAGAAUCUGAAAAACCUCUAAACAUUGAAACUGGAACUAUCAGCCACACAAAGAAGAAUAAAAAGCGAGCUGCCUAUCAAACACAAAGUCAAAUUCAGAACGCAAAGGCUGAUAUUUCUGGCAAUCUGACAUGCAUCCGCCAACAACCGGAACAAGGUUCACCGGAACUAGGCAUAUGCUUUCAUAAUCUAAUCAGAACUCUUGAACAAAUGACUGAGUCAGAUGUUGAGAAAGUAGCAAAUUCAUACUUUCUUACAGUAUCAAGAAAGAACAGAGAAAACAGAAAUAUAAUGGCAGAUGCCUUUAUAGCAGUAAACAACCAAAAUGUUAUUGUGAACAAAGUACUAAACAACCUCCAAACAGAUGAACCUCUCCUAAUGAGAGUGCUGCAAUCACUCACAGCACUAGACCAUGAGCCGAAUAUGGAAAUGCUGACGACUAUUGAGAAGUUUUGCUUCAAGGGUAAGAGGUCUGAAAGUAUGCGCCUUCCAAAAGAAAUCAGACAGAUUUCCUGUUUAACAUUUGGAGGACUGGUUGGUAGUGUAAAAAAAUUCGGUCAAGUGAAACACGCUGAAAAGCUUGUACAAUAUCUUCACAAUGAACUUGGAUUACACGAUCCAUGGAAUUUCAAGAUGAAGAGAUCGACAAUGACAGAGAUUGAAUGUGUAGAAUAUGAUCACAACAAGGUUGUCAUGCUUGAUGCUAUCGGAAAUGCAGGGUUACAAGUGUCAUACGAGCACAUUGUAUCGCAUGUAAACACAACAAAUUCACAGUGGAUUAAACGUACAGGAAUUCACGCUCUAAGAAGUUACCAUGAUGCAAAUACACUACAUGAGCUAGAAAAAGUUGUACUAUACGACGAUAACGACCUCGUUCGUUAUGAAGCUCUCCUGCAAUACCAAGCUCAUCCACUAGCAGUUGCAGUGAGCACUGGCAAUGGAAGUGGACUUGCACAUACUGGAAUCGCUAAAAGGUCAAUAUUUGACGCUAAACUUGCAUUUCGACUUGAAGCUCCUGGUGUAGAUUGGCGCAAACAAAUUGGCUCAAGUUCGAUUGGCGCUUCAUUUGGCUUGAUAAUGGAAAAUCUGCUUGAUCUACAAAUGUCCUUGAUUAAAGGAAGUAUAGAUGUGAGGGUACAUGAUGAAGCGUAUGUAAAGAUCCAUCUGGGAUAUAUAGGCAUCAACAUGGAUUUUUUUCUAGCAAGGAUUUGUUUCAAAGGCGGUGCAAAAUAUGCUCUAAAUAUAUUAAAGGAACUAGAUCCAAAACUGGGAUUCGACCUUAUAAAGCAGUUCAAAAGCAUAGUAAACAAAGUUGUGGGUGGUGUGAAACGAGGAGUAGAGGCAUUCAAGAGAAUCAUAUCUACUGACUCUUCAUUGAAGGAUAUCGUUGAUGAUUUUGUAGAAGCGGUGACGGAAAUACCAAAGAAGGGAAUAAGUAUCUGCUUUUGA